GGGGACUUUUUAUUUCUUUUUUCCCUCUCAGCAUAGAUACUCUCUCUCUCUCUCUCUCUUUUUCUUUCUCUCUCUCUAUAACGCGUGUAAACUGCGCGAAGCAUUCAAAGCAUUCACCAUUACGAAUACCCUUCUUUUUAAUUACCAAACACAGAACACAUACAGAUACCUUUCUUUCUAAUUGCCAUUUUUUAUACGCGCGUUUCCUUCUUUAUACAAAUUUCAAACACGCAACUACAGAAACCCGAACUUCCCUUUGCCACACUUUUUUCUCUUCUUUUUUUUCCGCCAGCCUUCCCUCAAACAUGACCACAGAGGACGAAUUCGAUCCUGACGAUAUUCUCUAUGAAAUCAACCGCAAACUCGCCAAUGUAUCCCUGACCCAGUUGAACUUUAAUAGUGAACAUGACAUUGUUCAAAAAGACACUUUGCCAGAGAUCAAAUAUUAUCUUUGUAACUCACGGCCGAACGAGCGUGAAUGUUUCCAGAGCGUACAAAUGCUACGAAAGUAUUUGACCCAAGCAAGCAGCUCAAACGCAUGUGUUGAUGACAUUCUCAACCUGGACGUAUUACCACGAUUGCGCGAGCUUUUGGUUCUCGAUGACCAGCAGGGUAUACAGUUUGAAGCAGCCUGGAUUGUCACGAACAUUGCGGCCGGUUCCUCCAAACAAACAGAACAGCUGGUGAACGCUGAUUUCAUUGCCGGUCUGCUACAAUGUUUGCACUCUCAAAAGACAGCCAGCAACGUCAAGACACAGGCGGCCUGGGCAUUAUCAAACUUUGCAGGCGAAUCACCUCAACUACGACAACUCUUGUGUCAAAACGAUGCAAUCGCAGCAGUGGCCCAAGUACUGAUCGACACAUCUGCCAAAGCCAGAGAGGAUGCUCGCGACUGUGGGUGUUAUGGCGAAAUCACAUCCAUCUUUGACGACGAAUUAUUAACAGACAUCAAGGCGUUGACCUGGGCAAUAUCCAACAUGAGCCGGGGUGGAUUUUAUACAGCGGAUUACUGGCCAAAGUAUGUCCUAGCAUUUGAAGCGCUUUCACAUUGCAUUCUGUUCGAUCAUGUUGACCUAUGGAUUGAUGGAGGAUGGGGGUUAUCACGUAUUCUACACAACAUGCAUGGCGUGACACCGUUUUACGAAAACUUUACAUUCUCAUCACAACUACCCGCACGACUUGCCGAACUGCUGCACGAGGACGGAAGAGGAGUGACGAUACCUAUUCUACGCGCGCUGAUCAACAUCACCUCACUCCCAGACAUGUAUUGUAUGCGACUGAUCGACAAGCAACUUGUACGACGUUUGAUUCCAUUCAUGUCACCAGAGACUGAGACGGCCGUUCGACGAGACACGUAUCUGGUGGUUGCAAAUCUGGUAGCGUGCAACGAAGACUUUGUAGAGAGGACCAUGUUGGUAGAAGCCCGUUUGAUCCAUUAUGCACGUGACCAUAUCUGCGUGCCUCACCACACGUAUCAUGCCGGAGAAUGGACACCCAGCAGCAACAACAAGCUUAAAUCUGGAACGAUGGUUGAAGAGUGGAAAAUCACUACAGACGCGCUAUGGAUCAUUUGCAAUUUCCUGACUGCUGGUAGUGAGGAGAAUAUCUCAACACUGCUAGAUCGCUUCCGAGACCUGCCGCGCGCUUUAAUGAAACUUGUGCAAUACGAUCCACACGCGAUGCCGCAUACCGUUGCAACCAAGGUGGUCGACGCCAUGAUCCAACUCGUGGGUAAGGUCGGCGAGCAAUAUGGGAACGAGUGGUUUGUCGAUACCUGGAGGAGCCUGGACUUGGAAAACAAGCUGCGGGCAUUGGCAGAAGCACACCCGACAUGCAAACCCUUGCUUGAAAGCUGUGCGGAAAUGACUGCACUGCUGGUGUCCAAAAACAACAAAACAGCAGCAGCAGCAACAACAACACCAUUGGAUGCUUCGGGUGGCAUGGCGGCAGCGUUCGGCCUCAACGUGCCUCGGAAAAAUGUCAGUGCCAGCAAACGAAGGGUAUUGCAUGGAUUUGAGGAUGGGGAUGUACGCUUGAUCGAAAAUGCAGUUGGCAAGCUUAGUAUUUGAAAUCACACACAAGGAACGGAGGAAUCUACUCAACAGACAUAAUACAUAUUUUUCCUUUGCCCCACCCACCCAC